CCGGAAGAAAGCGUCUUACCUCAGUCCGACCGCCUCCCUCCGCCCCCACCCUCUCCUACAGGACAGACCGUGGGACUCGUAAGGGUGAGGCGUGAGAAGUCGUUGGACUGCGCAGAACUUGGGCGGCCAAGGAAAGAAAGAGCGACUCUGGGCUGCCCGGAAAGGGAGAAGGAAGGAAGGGCUGGAUAGCCAGACGCCGUGUCGUGGCGGAAGAAUUCUGUUUCCUGCGGUGGCGGAGGAAUUUGACAGUACGUUAACUUCCGGAAAAGUCCUGGCUGUGAGAGGAAAAGCCCUGAGAGAAACAAUAACAAACGAGUGGAGGAAGCGGCUUUGGGGUUUCUGUACUGAACGGCUCUUGUCCAGGAAGAUGCGCUUCGGCCCCUGACAGGCGACGUGAAGGGGCUCGGCGGGCUUUAGCCAGCCUUUGUCCACCUGCUCCUUCACGGGGGCUCCGUGGCUAUUGCUAUGGCGGGCGUGGGGCCGGGGGGCUACGCGGCGGAGUUCGUGCCACCCCCAGAGUGCCCGGUCUUUGAGCCUAGCUGGGAGGAGUUCACAGACCCGCUAAGCUUUAUCGGCCGCAUCCGGCCUUUGGCGGAGAAAACCGGCAUCUGCAAAAUUCGGCCUCCCAAGGAUUGGCAACCUCCAUUUGCGUGUGAAGUGAAAAGUUUUCGUUUCACUCCUAGAGUCCAGCGCCUGAAUGAACUUGAGGCAAUGACCAGAGUUAGACUGGAUUUCUUGGAUCAACUAGCAAAAUUUUGGGAACUUCAAGGAUCUACUUUGAAGAUCCCUGUGGUGGAGAGAAAAAUCCUGGAUCUGUAUGCUUUGAGCAAGAUUGUUGCCAGCAAAGGUGGUUUUGAAAUGGUCACCAAAGAGAAGAAAUGGUCUAAAGUGGGUAGUCGCUUGGGAUAUCUACCAGGAAAAGGAACUGGGUCUCUUCUGAAGUCACACUAUGAAAGAAUUCUCUACCCAUAUGAGCUUUUCCAGUCUGGUGUCAGCCUUAUGGGUGUACAGAUGCCUAAUUUAGAUCUUAAGGAAAAAGUGGAGCCUGAGGUUCUCAGCACUGAUAUCCAAGCAUCCCCAGAGCCAGGCACAAGAAUGAACAUUCUGCCGAAGAGAACAAGACGUGUCAAAUCUCAGUCAGAAUCUGGCGAAGUGAAUAGAAGCACAGAACUGAAGAAACUUCAGAUUUUUGGGGCUGGGCCCAAGGUUGUGGGCCUGGCAAUAGGAGCAAAAGAUAAAGAAGAUGAGAUCACCAGAAGACGAAAAGUUACCAACAGGUCAGACACAUUUAACAUGCAAAUGAGACAGCGGAAAGGAUCUCUCUCUGUAAACUUUGUUGAUCUGUAUGUUUGUAUGUUUUGUGGCCGGGGAAACAAUGAAGAUAAAUUGCUUUUGUGUGAUGGAUGUGAUGACAGCUAUCAUACUUUUUGUCUAAUUCCUCCACUACCUGAUGUGCCCAAAGGAGACUGGAGGUGUCCUAAAUGUGUUGCUGAGGAAUGUAACAAACCUCGAGAAGCCUUUGGCUUUGAACAAGCUGUACGAGAGUAUACACUUCAGAGCUUUGGAGAGAUGGCAGAUAAUUUUAAGUCUGAUUAUUUCAAUAUGCCAGUCCAUAUGGUUCCCACAGAACUGGUAGAAAAGGAAUUCUGGCGGCUGGUGAGCAGCAUUGAAGAAGAUGUUAUUGUGGAGUAUGGAGCGGACAUCUCCUCAAAAGACUUUGGAAGUGGAUUUCCUGUUAAGGAUGGUCAGAGAAAGAUGCUGCCAGAAGAAGAGGAAUAUGCACUUUCUGGUUGGAAUUUGAAUAACAUGCCUGUCCUGGAGCAGUCCGUCCUUGCACAUAUUAAUGUGGACAUCUCUGGUAUGAAGGUACCAUGGCUCUAUGUGGGAAUGUGCUUCUCUUCUUUUUGUUGGCACAUUGAAGAUCACUGGAGUUAUUCCAUCAACUACUUGCACUGGGGGGAGCCAAAGACAUGGUAUGGUGUGCCAUCUCAUGCCGCAGAACAACUGGAGGAGGUGAUGAGAGAGCUGGCCCCUGAGUUAUUUGAAUCCCAGCCUGAUCUUCUACAUCAGUUAGUCACCAUCAUGAACCCCAAUGUGCUAAUGGAGCAUGGUGUGCCUGUGUACAGGACCAAUCAGUGUGCUGGAGAGUUUGUUGUGACGUUUCCUCGUGCCUAUCAUUCUGGAUUUAACCAGGGCUACAACUUUGCUGAAGCUGUCAACUUUUGUACUGCUGACUGGUUGCCCAUUGGACGUCAGUGUGUAAAUCAUUACCGACGGCUAAGGCGCCAUUGUGUCUUUUCACAUGAGGAACUCAUUUUCAAGAUGGCAGCAGAUCCAGAAUGCUUGGAUGUGGGGCUGGCUGCCAUGGUUUGCAAAGAAUUGACUCUCAUGACUGAAGAAGAAACACGAUUAAGGGAGUCUGUGGUACAGAUGGGUGUCCUGAUGUCAGAAGAAGAAGUGUUUGAACUUGUUCCUGAUGAUGAGCGACAGUGUUCAGCAUGCAGAACCACCUGUUUUCUCUCUGCUCUCACAUGCUCCUGUAAUCCUGAGCGGCUUGUAUGUCUCUACCAUCCAACUGAUCUGUGCCCCUGCCCCAUGCAGAAGAAAUGUCUUAGAUAUCGCUAUCCAUUAGAAGACCUCCCGUCUCUGCUAUAUGGUGUAAAAGUCAGGGCACAGUCCUAUGACACUUGGGUCAGUCGUGUUACAGAAGCAUUAUCUGCUAACUUCAACCACAAGAAAGAUUUGAUUGAAUUGCGAGUAAUGCUGGAGGAUGCUGAGGAUAGGAAAUACCCAGAGAAUGAUCUCUUUCGAAAACUCAGGGAUGCUGUAAAAGAAGCUGAGACCUGUGCUUCUGUGGCUCAGCUGCUUCUGAGCAAAAAGCAGAAACACAGGCAGAGUCCAGAUAGUGGAAGGACUCGGACCAAACUGACAGUGGAAGAAUUGAAGGCCUUUGUCCAACAACUUUUUAGCCUUUCAUGCGUCAUCAGCCAAGCUCGUCAAGUAAAGAAUCUGCUGGAUGAUGUGGAAGAGUUUCAUGAACGUGCUCAGGGGGCCAUGAUGGAUGAAACCCCAGAUUCUUCCAAACUCCAGAUGCUGAUAGACAUGGGCUCUAGUCUCUAUGUAGAGCUGCCUGAAUUACCCCGACUGAAGCAAGAGCUACAGCAGGCUCGGUGGUUGGAUGAAGUAAGACUGACCCUAUCCGAUCCACAACAAGUCACUUUGGAUGUCAUGAAGAAACUGAUAGACUCUGGGGUAGGGUUGGCUCCCCACCAUGCUGUGGAGAAAGCAAUGGCUGAACUACAGGAACUCCUUACAGUCUCUGAACGAUGGGAAGAAAAGGCUAAGGUCUGCCUACAGGCAAGACCGAGGCACAACAUGGCAAGUUUAGAAAGCAUUGUGAAUGAAGCCAAGAACAUUCCAGCCUUUCUACCCAAUGUGUUGUCCCUGAAAGAAGCCUUACAAAAGGCUCGAGAAUGGACAACUAAAGUGGAAGCUAUUCAGAGUGGCAGCAACUAUGCUUACUUGGAGCAGCUUGAGAGUUUAUCUGCUAAAGGACGCCCUAUUCCUGUGCGUCUUGAUGCACUGCCCCAGGUGGAAUCACAGGUAGCGGCAGCACGAGCGUGGAGAGAACGGACUGGGCGGACCUUUCUUAAAAAGAAUUCUAGUCAUACGUUGUUACAGGUGCUAAGUCCCCGGACUGACAUUGGUAUAUAUGGGAGUGGCAAAAGCAGAAGGAAAAAAGUAAAAGAACUAAUAGAAAAAGAAAAAGAAAAGGAUCUGGACGUUGAGCCUUUGAGUGAUCUGGAGGAAGGAUUGGAAGAAACCAGAGAUACUGCCAUGGUGGUGGCAGUUUUCAAAGAACGGGAGCAAAAAGAAAUUGAAGCCAUGCAUUCCCUCAGGGCAGCCAACCUUGCCAAGAUGACAAUGGUGGACCGCAUAGAAGAAGUAAAAUUUUGCAUUUGCCGCAAGACAGCCAGUGGUUUUAUGCUACAGUGUGAGCUCUGCAAAGACUGGUUCCAUAACAGCUGUGUUCCCCUUCCUAAAUCAAGUUCCCAGAAAAAAGGGUCCAGCUGGCAGGCUAAAGAAGUAAAAUUCCUUUGCCCUCUUUGUAUGCGGUCUCGAAGGCCCAGGCUAGAGACUAUUCUGUCACUCCUGGUAUCCCUUCAGAAGUUGCCUGUACGGUUACCUGAAGGAGAGGCCCUACAGUGUUUGACAGAACGUGCUAUGAGUUGGCAAGAUAGAGCACGGCAGGCCCUAGCCACAGAUGAACUAUCCUCUGCCCUCGCCAAACUGUCUGUGUUGAGCCAGCGUAUGGUGGAACAGGCAGCUCGAGAAAAAACUGAAAAGAUCAUCAGUGCAGAACUCCAAAAAGCAGCUGCUAAUCCAGAUUUACAGGGACACUUACCUAGUUUCCAGCAGUCCUCUUUUAACCGGGUGGUGAGUAGUGUAUCAUCUUCCCCUCGACAAACAAUGGACUAUGAUGAUGAAGAAACAGAUUCUGAUGAAGACAUUCGGGAGACAUAUGGCUACGACAUGAAGGACACAGCCAGUGUGAAGUCCUCUAGUAGUCUGGAACCUAAUCUUUUUUGUGAUGAAGAGAUUCCCAUCAAAUCUGAGGAGGUAGUAACUCACAUGUGGACAGCACCUUCAUUCUGUGCAGAACAUGCUUAUUCUUCUGCUUCUAAGAGUUGUUCUCAAGGUUCUAACACCCCAAGGAAACAACCUCGGAAGAGCCCUUUGGUGCCUCGUAGUUUGGAACCUCCAGUGUUGGAGUUGUCACCUGGAGCCAAGGCCCAGUUGGAAGAACUUAUGAUGGUUGGAGAUCUCCUGGAAGUAUCUCUGGAUGAGACUCAACACAUAUGGCGUAUUUUGCAGGCUACACACCCACCCUCUGAAGACAGAUUCCUGCAUAUCUUGGAGGAUGAUGGCUUGGAUGAGAAACCACUAAAAAUGAAAGGAAAGGACUCUUCAGAGAAGAAACGGAAACGAAAACUAGAAAAGGUAGAACAACUUUUUGGAGAAGGAAAACAGAAGUCCAAGGAGUUAAAGAAAAUGGACAAACCUAAAAAGAAGAAAUUAAAAUUGAGUGCAGACAAAUCAAGAGAGCUGAACAAAUUGGCCAAGAAACUAGCAAAAGAAGAAGAGAGAAAGAAGAAAAAGGAGAAGGCUGCUGCAGCCAAAGUUGAACUUGUGAAAGAGAAUACUGAGAAGAAAAGAGAGAAAAAAGUACUGGACAUCCCUUCAAAGUAUGACUGGUCAGGAGCAGAGGAAUCUGAUGAUGAGAAUGCCGUAUGUGCAGCACAAAACUGCCAAAGGCCCUGCAAGGACAAGGUAGACUGGGUACAGUGUGAUGGUGGCUGUGAUGAAUGGUUUCAUCAAGUUUGUGUGGGUGUAUCUCCAGAAAUGGCCGAAAAUGAAGAUUACAUCUGUAUAAACUGUGCAAAGAAGCAGGGGCCAGAUAGCCCAGGUCAAGCACCACCUACUUCCUUCAUAAUGAGCUACAAACUACCAAUGGAGGAUCUUAAAGAGACCAGUUAGCAGCUUGGUUAAUUUGGGACAUGGGGGGAAAUGGACCACAUUGAGACCUUAGUCAUCAAGUAGAAUGGUUUAGAUCCACUCAGAAUGUUGCUUCCAAAGCUGAAUGGCCUUUCAGAGAAAAUGAUUUUAGUGUUGGCUUCUUCUUUGUUUGGACCUUGUGGGCUACAUUUUCCAUCAGUAGAUCCAUGCAGAGGGUAUCUUCUUUGGUACAGCAGCCAAUAUUUCAACUUGUGUCUCCUUUGAAUGUGGUUUACUGCAGUAAGGUCAGAUACUUGAUUGAGCUCUAGGAUGGCUAGUUGGCAUUAAUACAUUGGUAUGCUAACAGGGUGCAGAGGAUGUGGCUUAUGUCCAGUUGGUAUUAGUUAGAGGCUUUACAACCUAGGGGCAGCACUGUCUGAAGGUGCCAAUUGCUUGGGUUUCCUUAGUUGAUUUAAUUGAAGAGGAGUCAGAGAACCACUUUCCUUUCUCUGUCACUUGGCAUUUAAUGCCCUACAGAUACAACUAGGAGGAUCAAGGCCAAAGUUAUUUCUGUUAGAAAUCAAAGGAUAGUGGGCACAGUCUGUAGAUCUCAGCUACAUAUGCUUUUUGUACCAAGAAGAAAAACUCCAAAUAAGAGAACAUAUCUCUAUCUGGGGCAGAUCACCUUAUCUUUAUAAGGAGGAGGAUAUCAUCUGGUUCAGAGAUCUUACUAGAUGGGAUUCUGGGAAGAAGAGCUUAUUUCAAGACAAGGAGCCAGCUCACCCCCCCCCCCCCCGCCUUUUUUUUGACAAUUUAGAGAAGAACAGGUACAUGCAUAUUCAGGCUUCUGCCAAAAAACACAAAACAAACCAGUCAGAAUAUCUUACUGAGCCACAGUGAUGCAUGCUUUUUGGGGAAACCUUCAUUCACAAGUAUUCCAGAUGCCAAGCUUCAGGCAUGGCCAUGAGCAAGACCAGCAAAUAAUAGCUUUUGCUUUGCAGCCCUGACCCCAGUGUCUGCCAUUUCCAACACUGGCAGUUUCUGAAUAUGGCUUACAGCAGAUGCUGUUGAAUAACACCAUGGCUUCAUCAAAGGAUGCAGGGUUGUAGUACCUCUGGGUGAUGAAUUGUUUUAGUAAAUCAUUUUUAAAAAGGAAAAAAAAAAGGACUUGUUUUUACUUUUUUCUAAAUGUCUCUGACUACUGACUGUUCUAUAAAUAGAUUAUUUUUCCUUUUUUAAUAUACAUAUAUGAAUAUAUAAAUAUAUAUAUUUACUGUUACCAGCAGCAUAUGACAAAAGUUUCAGCAUCAAAAAUCCAUUUGAGGGCUUGCUUUUUCUUUUUUGCUUUUUAAUAAAGAAGUUCUAUUCCUUCCUUGUAGUACAAGGAGUUAGCACUCCCUUUCCAUCCUAGCCUGACCAGAUCUUUCAUUUUGCUUUUGUUCAUAUAGAUAAUUAUAUUUACUUUGUGUGUUGGGACUUGUCCCUGUCUGUUGGGAAACUUGGUCUUACUCUAGUCUGUGCUGGCUGUUUUUUCUUUAGUAUGUGAAUGUUUGAAACUAUGGUGCUGUGUCCUCUUCCCUCCUGUUGUGUUCUCUGUUCUUGUUAAAUAGGUAUUAGGUAAGCUGUAUGUAAACUCUUAUUAGAAGGGGACGGAUUGAUUUUUUUUUUUUAAGGACAAAAACAUUUUACUAAAAAUAGUGUUUUGUCUUCACUGUGCUGUGUGUCUUUAUUUUGGGUUAAAAAUCUGUGGUUUGACUUAAAUUCAUCAGUUUUCCUUUUAAAGGGGGGAAUGGGGUGGACCUAGCAACAACUUACAGUCUCCUCUUCCCUUUUUGCCUCAGUCUAUUUUAAUUAAAGAAAUGUCUUCUAGUAACUAGAAGUGAAAUGUACUGUCCAGUUACAGUUUGAGUGGGUAUGAGAUUUAACUCAAAAGGCAUCUUAAAAAAUAAAAAGAAAACCCUUUCUUAUAAAAUCCAUUUUCUGUAAAUGUUCUCUAUGGUUCUUACUACCUAUCUUUUUAAGUCACUCUUCCCUUAAUGUUAAUAUUGUAACAUUUUACGUGUUUUCAUCUGUUCAGAGUUUUGUUAAGUGUUACUGUACAUGUGUCUUGAGAUCUCAAGUAAGUGUGUGUAUGAUGUAAGAUUUCAAUGGAUAUUGUAAGGUAAUUAACCAAUUUCAUAAGUUUUCAUUUUGCCAAACUAUACAAAGACUAUCAAUUAAGAAUUUCAUUUGGUUGACAUUAUACAAGAAAGCACAAUAUAUUUUGCCUUUUGGUCUUCUUUGUAAAAGUCUUCAAAUAUUUGUGGGUUAAAAGUUGAAUGUAAUUUUAAGUGAUAGGUGCCUGAAUACAUUAAAAAAUUUUAUUUUUUCUUCCCAAUCAUCCAUUAACUAUUCCACCAUUGGGGGAGAGUCAUGAAAAUGCUGAGAAAAUACGGCUAGCUUCCUGUUAUCCUCUGACAUUUUGAAACUUUAAAUAUAUCAUUAAACUGAUUCUGUGGGAUUUUUUUUUUUUUUUUUUUGUAUUUAUUUGAAAGUCAUGGGUGAUUUGGUCUGACUUGAUCACAGAUUUAGACCAAGGCUGGGAAGAACAGAAGAAAUUACUGGCCACACAAA